GCAGAGAAGCAAGGCCAGCACAGAGUCUGCCAGCUCUCACUGAAGCCAGCUCUCUCACUCUCUUUCUCCACCAUGAGGAUCUCUGCCACGCUUCUGUGCCUGCUGCUCAUAGCCGCUGCUUUCAGCAUCCAAGUGUGGGCCCAACCAGAUGGGCCCAAUGCAUCCACAUGCUGCUAUGUCAAGAAACAAAAGAUCCCCAAGAGGAAUCUCAAGAGCUACAGAAGGAUCACCAGUAGUCGGUGUCCCUGGGAAGCUGUUAUCUUCAAGACAAAGAAGGGCAUGGAAGUCUGCGCUGAAGCCCAUCAGAAGUGGGUCGAGGAGGCUAUAGCAUACUUAGACAUGAAAACCCCAACUCCAAAGCCUUGAAGAAAUGUGCCUGAACAGAAACCAACCUAGGAGCCAAGAAGCAAAAUUCCUCACCGCUGUUCUUUCUGAGAACUGUUGAUGAAAUGUGUUGAUCACGGUCCUAAGGGAUAGGAGCUGUCUGUAGGAAUGUGAAAUGGUCACGCCUAAGGAAUGGUCUUUAAGUUAUUAAUAUUUUUAUUUAAUUAGCCAUGUACUUUGGUGUGAUUUGAAUGUAAAGCUCUGGAGACCUCAUGUCACUUUAACGUUGUGUUAGCUGCAGAAUUCUCCCCCUUUCCCCAUUUUUACUUUGUUCUUGUAUUAUGAAGGGACUUUGCAAGAAUCAGUGCAAAGAUUUUAUUUAAAAACUUUUAGGAUAAAAUCAUAAUGUUAUGAUACUGUGUGGUUUUUAAAUGUAUGACUACUGAAGUUUCAUAUAAAAUGUAUUUUUGCACAAAA